CGACAGCUUGCUGAUGGAUGCACUGAGCAUCAGCGUGCUGCAGCAGAUCUAACACAGGAGAAAACAUCACCAGGGUAACCAGUCUCAACCAGCCUGCUUCUAUUCACACAAUCACACAGCAUCUGAGCCACAUCUCUGCUGUACAGAUAUUACAAGCUGCCGGUCAGACAUGGUUAAGUUGGGAAGUAAUCUGGCUGAGAAACCUGAGAAGGAGCAGGCAGGGGAAGAUGAAUUCGAUAACAUACCGCUGAUAACACCUUUGGAUGUGAAUCAACUACACCAGCCGUUUCCUGACAAGGUAAUUGUCAAGACUACAACAGAAUACCAGCUCCAGCAAAAGAAGAAGAGGAAGUUAUAUGUUCCUGGCAUAAAAAAACUGAAUAUAAACCUAUAUGAUGAAGUGUCAGAGAAGGUCAAGCUGACUGGCUUGAUUCUCAUUACGAUGACAUUCCUGGCCUGCCUUCUUAUGCUGGUCAUGUACAAGGCACUGUGGUACGACCAGCUAAGCUGUCCCGAGGGCUUUGUUUUUAAGCACAAGCACUGCACUCCUGCAGCACUGGAGGUGUAUUACUCAGAGCAAGAGACAGGCUCCCGAGGAAGCCUCUACACAGCUAUCAGCCACUUAAACCAGGCCAAGAAAACCAUGCCGGAGCUGCCGUCACCAUGGUUACCAGUAAUCAACGCCCUGAAGGAAGCAGAAAAAGCUAAAGAGGAGUCAAGCCGUUCCCAGUAGUAGGACACAAGUGGGCCAGCUGGAUACGACUGCAUUCUACCCAACACAUGUAUUGUUAUUUUUAUGAUACUAUUGAGGCAUUUUAAAGAAAAACAACAUAGGUGUAGGAAUGGGCCUUAAUCAUAUACCAUUUUCCCAGAGUACAAAGAAUUCAAAAAAAGGCAGUGGUAUUUGAAUGUCAUGUUAUUUAAAGGGGAAAGUGUAAGUUUUUUUGUUCAGAAUUAGGGGAGGGUAAAUGUAUUGCAUAUGAAAUCCUGGAGGUAGAACAAGUUAUAUUUUAACACUAAAAAUAGCCCCUUGUUUAUAAUAAUAAUAAUAAUAAUAAUAAUAAUAAUAAUAAUAAUAAUAAUAAUAAUAAUAAUAAUAAUAAUAAUUUUAAGGGCAUUUAAAAAAAAAUGUCAUACAUAGCAUUCCAUUUGAACUUUUUAAAAACCCUGUGUUGAUAUACUACAGGUCCUUGUGUUAAAUCACAUCAAAUUAUUAUCAAAUAACAUUCCAUAUUAUGAGUUUUCAGUGAAUAGUUUCAUAAUAAUAAAUGAAAAUCUUAAAUGUAUUUAAAUACUGAAGUGUAAUGCUCUGCACAUUGUGCAUGGAAACAUACACACAAAACUGCCACGUAAGCUUUUUUGAAAAUAAAAAACUAAAAACAAACAAACAAAAAAACAUUUUGCAGUUUUAAUGGAUAAAGACACAAAAUAAACUAAUAAUAAUAAUAAUAAUAAUAAUAAUAAUAAUAAUAAUAAUAAUAAUAAUAAUAAUAAUAAUAAGACCAGCUGAAAAGUGCCAUGUCUAAAGAAUGUUCAAAGUAAGUAUUUUAUUAUUAUGGCUGCUAAGAUGAAUGUGUGUAAGUUAUAUUGGUGAAUAAAGGUCAAGUGUAGAUAGCUAGAUAGAUGUCUUUGUGUAUGUGUUAAUUUGCACUGGAACAGAACGUAUGACAGCCUAAAUCAUUUAGGCAUACAGUACUGAUGAUAGGGGUUUGCAGUGUACCUAUGAAACAUCUUAUCAGUGCAUGGUUUAUUAUACAUUGUAUCUACAAUGCAAUAAGACAAAGUACUCUUUGUAUUCUAUAUAAAUAUAAUGCAUUUUAACAAGUUAGGAAAUGGCAUGUAGGGAGCUACAUUUUUUGAGAUUGUAUUCUCUACAAGUAAUGUAACCUGUGCCGUUAUGGAAAUCUGCUACAAGUAAAUUGAUAUUUAGUACAGUGACUUGCAGAAUUUCACUUUGUAAUUACAUAUAUUUUGCCUUGGAGGGUUAUUUAAUCAGAUACACUCUAGAACACAGAUCUCUGCAAUCACUGCAUUACCUACAUUAAUCUCUAAUAUUUCUAGUAUAUCAAAGGAUAGUAGUAGCAAUUAUGACAACAAUAAAAGGCAUUCAUGUGUUAAGCCAUUACACCAGCUUCAACAUUUGUGUUAUCUGAAUUACUAUUUAAUACUCGCUAUAUACUGUUAAGUGUUUCUUUGGCUUGUCUAUAGUAGAGAUGUAGUUGACUAUAGGUAUACUGGCCUUUUUUAUUAGAAAGGUCAAAGAUUUGGAAACAUGUAGCUAAUGCACAUGCUGUUAUUGGUAGUUGUUUGUCUAUUUAUUUAUUUAUUUAUUUAUUUAUUUAUUUAAUGCAUUAAAAUAAUUAUUUAUAUUGUUUUAAAUAUACAGUUGUUUAUAUAAGUUAGUGCAGUAUCUAAUCAUUGUGUUUUUGGUCUUUGUUUUCUUUCUUUUUUUUAGUCCACAAUGUUUGGAUUACAGUUGAUGGACUAUGUGCAAUCACUUUUCAUAAAACAUAUUCUUAAAACUGCAAUCCAAGAGUGUUGACAAAUGCGGUCAAAAUAUUCAGGUCCAGAUAGAAAGAAAAAAGCAGACUUGAGGAAAAGAAAAUGACCCCGUAUCUGUCAGGAGUAAUGAGCACAAAGAGAAAGGACAGUACAUCAGGCUGUGUGUAAAUACAUUCAUGAUCCAUUUCAACAUGAAUUUGUUUCUCCAUACCAUAUUCCUGCUUAUUUAUUUGUUUUGCCAAUGACAGCCUUGUAUAUUUUUCAUAAUAAAUGCAACAUGUACACUUUAAUUUGAACUGUUUAUAUGUUGCUGUUUUGGUUGUAUUUUGAUGCCUGAUUAAAAUGCAACGUUGGAUAAGAAACUGCUGCAGGCCAUAGUACCUUCGUCAUCACAGCCUUGUGAGUAUAUUAAAUGGUGUAAAAUUGUUGUGACACUCAGCUUAUCAUUUUGUGUUUGUAAUUCAGCUCCUGGGCAUUUCAAUGUGCUACACUGUUUAUUUCUCAGCACUUUGUAGCUUUCUGUUAAUUAGAGAAUGUGACCUUUUCACAAUGCAGCAAAUACUUUUUGUGUACAGUACUAAGUGCCAAAAUUAAAUGUUGUGAUCAUCUGCUUUGAUCUUAAUAAGUACAAAAUAAAUGAAUGUUAGCUUUUCUCUUGAA